GUUAUCGGUUGCUUUGUACCACCACUAAUUGGACAAUUGUAAACAUAUCUUUUUGAUUUGCUUUUUUAGUGCCGGUUUUUUAAAUAAUGUCCAGCCUAAAAUCGAAUGAAGUGGACAGCAAUCCGGCGCCUGAUCCCCAGGCACCCAUCACCCGCAAGGGGUUUCUCAUGUCGCUGAACAGCGGUACCCCCAUGCCCAUUCCCGAGCAGAAUGUGUAUGGACGCUGUCGCCCCGUCUCGGAAUUCGAGAAACUCAAUCGCGUGGGCGAAGGCAGCUAUGGCAUUGUGUAUCGUGCACGCGACACCCGCAAUAAUGAAAUAGUGGCCCUGAAAAAGGUGCGCAUGGAUCAGGAGAAGGAUGGCCUGCCUGUGAGCGGUCUCCGCGAGAUCAUGAUCCUGAAGCAGUGCAAGCAUGAGAAUAUUGUCCGCCUCCGCGAGGUGGUCGUGGGCAAGAGCCUGGACAGCAUCUUCCUGGUGAUGGAUUUCUGUGAACAGGACCUGGCCUCGGUGCUGGACAACAUGUCGCAGCCCUUUACCGAAUCGGAGGUCAAGUGUAUCACUUUGCAGGUGCUCAAUGCCCUCAAGUAUCUUCACGAUCGCUAUGUAAUCCAUCGGGAUCUGAAGGUGUCCAAUCUUCUGAUGACCGACAAGGGCUGCAUCAAAGUUGCUGACUUUGGCCUGGCGCGCAAGUUCAGCAAUCCACCGAAGCCCAUGACUCCACAGAUGGUCACCUUGUGGUAUAGGGCACCGGAGCUGCUCCUUGGGUGUCAUACACACACCACGGCCGUGGAUAUGUGGGCCUUUGGCUGCAUCCUGGGGGAACUGCUGCUGGGUAAACCUCUGCUUCCCGGAAAUUCAGAGAUUGGACAGCUCAACAUGAUCAUCGAUUUGCUGGGAGCCCCCUCUGAGUCCAUCUGGCCAGGGUUCUCCGAUAUGCCCGCCCUGCAGAACUUCACCCUGAGCCAGCAGCCUUACAAUAAUCUCAAGACCAAGUUCCACUCAAUCAGACAGUCGGGCAGGAAUCUCCUGAACAUCCUGUUCAUAUACAAUCCCCUAACCAGGGCCACGGCCGAGGAGUGCCUCAAUAGCAAUUACUUUGUGGAUACGCCGAAGGCUUGUGAUCCCCGCAUGAUGCCCACGUUCCCGCAGCACCGCAAUAAUACCGCCGCCUCUGCUCCGCCCGCUCAGCCGCCCGCCGACAUUCCCAUCUCCGAUCUGCUCAAUGUAUUCAUCAAGCGUCAACGCAUGGAUUAAACGAAAACGAAUUUAUUUGUACAUUAUGCAAUGCA